AUGGUUCCAUUGCUAACCUUGACUGAACUCCUCCAGGCCAUUGCAACAUCCUCACAACUUCUACACCCCCCCACACUUCAUUUCCUCGAUAGCUCUACCAGCGACACCGCCGCUGGCUCAGCGUUGAUUUCAUACGAUGAAGUACAGAAGCAUACCUCGGCCGAAGACUGCUGGGUAAUCAUAAACGGUUAUGUAUACGAUGUGACUGAUUUCCUUCAACUGCACCCCGGAGGUGUCCAGGCCAUAGUGGCGCAAGCCGGAAAGGACGCCAGCAAGCUGUUCACCAUGCUUCACCCGCCCGACGCCCUUGGGACCCUCCCGACAGAGUACUGCCUAGGACCCGUGGACCCGGAGACCUUGCCGGCGCAGGAGGAGGAGGAGCUCUCGGAGGCUGAGCAGCUCCGGCAAGAGGCCCGGGAGAACAUGCCCCCCGCGGAGAACAUGGUCAUGGUGCAGGACUUUGAGGACUGGGCGCAGAAGGUGUUGAGCGAGACUGCUUGGGCGUACUAUCGGAGCGCGGCUGAUGAGGAGAUGAGUGAGUUUCUUGCUGCCCUUGUGGAUGGCGCAAGACGUUUUGUGCUGACAAUGGCGCUUGUAGCGUUUACUGAGAACCGCGAUGCCCUGCGCCGAUACUUCUUCCGCCCGCGCAUUCUACAGAAGAACUCCACCGAAGGCAUUACUGAGACGACCUUUAUGGGCAUCCCUACUAGUGUACCGAUUUUCAUCUCGCCCGCCGCAAUGGCGAAGCUCGGACACCCUCUUGGAGAAGUCAACUUGACCAAGGCUGCUGGAGAGUGUGGAAUUGUUCAGAUGGUGGGUGCAAGCAACUCCUUGGAAACUAUUGUGAUGCUCAUGAAACUGAUUGACAUCUCAGCCAACGCCAGUUGUGGACUUGAGGAAAUGUUCGAGGCCAAGCGAGAGGAUCAGUCUCUCAUCUACCAGUUAUACCUCAACAAGGACCGGGCUGCCUCCGAGACUCUCAUACAAAAAGUAGAGAAGCUGGGAGCCAAGGCCAUCGUCUUCACGGUCGACGUCAUGUGGCAGUCCAAGCGGACCAUGGAUGUCCGCGCCAAGUUGCCUUCUCCGGCUGAAGCUGCCGCAGCCGCGGCCGCUCCGGCCCCCGCCUCUGUUUCUCAUGCCAUCUCAGGAUAUCAGGACUACAACCUUACGUGGAGCGAUUUGGCCUUUAUCCGGUUGUUGAAGAAAAACACCAAGCUCCCCAUCAUCGUCAAGGGAGUCCAGUCGGUCGAGGAUGUCCAACUUUGUGCUGAUCACGGUGUGCAAGGCGUUAUUCUCUCAAACCACGGAGGUCGCCAAGCUGACUACUCCCCCGCCCCAAUCGAUAUUCUGUAUGAAGUUCGAUCAUUAAGACCUGAAUUAUUCGACAAAGUGGAAAUCAUGAUCGAUGGAGGCAUCCGCACUGGAGCUGAUGCCGUCAAGGCCCUUGCCCUGGGUGCUAAAGCCGUUGGAAUUGGACGUCCGGCCCUGUAUGCGAAUGGCACACAUGGAGAGGAGGGUGUUAAGCGCGUCAUCAACAUUUUCCAAGAAGAAAUUGCAAGCACCAUGCGGAAUAUCGGUGUCAGCAAGAUUCAAGAUCUCAAGCCAGAAAUGGUCGGGCCAGCAGGGCCGUGGGUAGGACGUAACAGGCCGCCAUACGUGCCUUGA